UUUUCUAAAUAAAUUGUUUAGAUUUUAAAUUAAUUUUUUAGAUUGAGUUUGAUCAUAAAUCCAUUUGUUUUUACAGACUUACAUUGUCUACAUGGGUGAUCAUCCCAAAGGCAUUGACCCAGCCAUGUUACCUUCUCUUCAUUAUUCAAUGGCUCAAAAUGUCCUUGGCAGUGAUUUUGAACCAGGAGCUGUACUCCACAGUUACAAGAAGAGUUUUAAUGGAUUCGUCUUAAAAUUGACAGUAGAUGAGGCUGAAACAUUGGCUGAAAUGGACAAUGUGGUGUCUGUUUUUCCAAACACAAAGCAUUAUCCUUGCACGACAAAAUCGUGGGACUUCAUAGGCCUCCCACACAAUAGCAAAAGAAUGAAUUUGGAGAGUGACAUAAUUGUUGGAGUAAUAGACUAUGGAAUUUGGCCGGAUUCAAAGAGCUUCACUGAUGAAGGAUUUGGUCCACCACCAAACAAAUGGAAGGGAUCAUGUCACAACUUCACUUGUAACAAUAAAAUAAUUGGUGCCCAAUACUUUAACGUCGAAGGUUUCUAUAGUAAGAAAGACAUCAGAGGUCCAACAGAUGUAAAUGGGCACGGAACACACUGUGCGUCAACAGCGGCUGGAAACACGGUUCAAUCUGUGAGCCUGCAAGGGUAUGCUUCUGGAACAGCUCGCGGAGGAGUUCCAUCAGCACGCAUUGCUGCCUACAAAGUGUGUUGGGAUGGACUUGGUUGCACACAGGCGGAUAUCCUUGCAGCGUUUGAUGCAGCAAUUGAUGACGGCGUUGAUGUUCUUUCUGUCUCUCUUGGACCAACCAAGGUAGUAUUAAUGCCAUAUUUUCAAAAUGCUUUCGAUGUUGGAAGUUUCCAUGCAAUGAAAAGAGGUAUAUUUACGGCGCUUGCCGCUAAUAAUCUUGGCCCAGAUCUUUUCACCAUGACAAACUAUCCACCAUGGAUACUUUCUGUUGCUGCUAGCACUUUUGGAAGAAAGUUUGUUACAAAGGUGCAAUUAGGAAAUGGUGCCAUUUAUAAGGGGUCAUCAAUUAAUACAUUUGAUCUCAAAAACAAAAUGUUUCCAAUAAUUUUUGCGAGAGAUAUACCCAAUACUGCCGGUGGAUUUAACAGUUCCAUAUCAAGGUUUUGCCUUAAGGACUCUGUAGAUAAACAUGCAGUGAAGGGGAAGAUAGUUUUGUGUGAGAGCUUUCAGACACCUUCAAAGGCAGGAAUUUUCUAUGGGGCGGCUGGUGUAAUAAUUGGACUUGUUUCCUCUAAAGAUUUGCCAAGUACAUUUGCCUUGCCAGCAACAAUCAUUACUAAAGAAAACCUAAAUGAAAUACAAACUUACAUAAACUCAACAAGAAAUCCAACUGCAACAAUAUUUAAGAGUGAAGAAGUCGAAGAUUUGUUGUCCCCUUAUGUAGCCUCAUUUUCUUCAAGAGGUCCAAAUCCAAUUACUCCAAAUAUUCUCAAGCCUGAUAUAGCUGCACCGGGAGUUAAUGUUAUUGCUGCAUGGACUCCACUUGAUCCCAUUUCUGAAUUUGAAGAUGACAAAAGAAGAUUACCUUAUAAUGUUAUCUCCGGAACAUCAAUGGCAUGCCCUCAUGCCGCUGCAGUAGCUGCAUAUGUUAAAUCAUUUCAUCCCAAUUGGUCACCUGCUAUGAUCAAAUCUGCAUUGAUGACUACUGUCACUCCAAUGAGCUCUAGUUUAAAUCCUGAGGCCGAGUUUGCAUAUGGUGCGGGGCAAAUAAAUCCUAUUGAUGCAACAAAUCCUGGUUUAGUGUAUGAUAUUACCGAAGCAGAUUAUGUUGAGUUUUUGUGCGGAGAAGGGUUCACAUCUAAAGAACUUCAAACUUAUACGCAUGAUAAGAUCAAUUGCAAAGGAAGAGAUAAUGAGAAAGCUGUAUACAAGUUGAACCUCCCAUCAUUUGCACUUAGAGUAAACGACACAUUUUCGGGAUAUGUUUAUCACAGAACCGUUACAAACGUGGGAUCAGCCAAAUCUACUUAUAAAGCAAGAAUAAUAUCACCACCUUUGUUGGAAAUUCAAGUGAAACCUGAUGUUCUGUCAUUCACAUCUAUAGGACAGAAACAAUCAUUUUCGCUUACGAUAGAAGGGAGCAUCGACGUGGCAAUAAUGUCUGCUUCUUUAAUAUGGGAAGACGGAAACCAUCAAGUUAGAAGUCCAAUUGUAGUGUAUGGGAGCUUAGCAUGAGUUAUCUAUGAGCCUAAGUGCGUGUGAAGUACUAUAACGUAAAUAAAGUUAUCACACUAUGGCCCUUUGUAAAUUAGAAUGAUAUUUAAGUUGCAUCAAUUUACUAUUUUGCAGUGUGCAGGUCUUUAAUAAAUUAGAGGUAAAGUAUAAAACUCAAAGUUAUGUUUUUUAUUAGUGUUGGAAAGUUUAAUGACAAUCAAUAAUGUUGGAUUAAUUUGUUUAACGAAGAGAAAUCUCUUCCGUAUCUUUUGGGGCUUUGUCGGAUUACGGCUUGAAUUUGAAGGAAAGUUUAUGAGUGGAUCAGAUCACUGAAAGAGUUAUUUUUGGAGGAGUUUGAGGGGUAUUUCGCUCAUUGCGAUAAAGUGAAGAACCUAGCUAAGAGGUCAAUUGUUGGGGUUAUCUAGUUAGCAUCGGCUUGGAGUAUUUGGUUGACGUGUAAUGCGAUAAUUUUCAAAGGAGGGUCGUUUAUUUUUGACGAUUGUGUUUCGAAGAUCGUUCUAAAUGGGUGGAAGUGGCUAGGAUCCAAUCACAAAUUUCCAUUUGUUUCGGGGUGGAGUAUCCUUUAUACUAUCUUUGUAGUAUCAUUGCCUAUUAAAAAAAUUUGUUAAACGAAGUGUCUU